AUGGGAAGAAGACCAGGAAGAUGUUACAGAAUGACUCGUGGGCAUCCAUACCCAAAGUCUAAGUACUGCAGAGGUGUUCCAGAUCCACGUAUCAGACUUUUUGAUAUUGGAAACAGACAAGCCAGCGUUGAUGAAUUCCCAUCCUGCGUCCACAUUGUAGGGUUAGAGCACGAGAACAUCUCUUCAGAGGCUAUGGAGGCAGCUCGUGUAUCUAUCAACAAGACACUCAUGAAGUAUGCUGGUAAAGACACUUAUCACGUCAGAGUUAGAAUCCACCCAUAUCACGUUCUCCGUAUUAAUAAGAUGCUUUCGUGUGCUGGUGCCGAUCGUCUGCAGACUGGUAUGAGAGGAGCUUGGGGUAAGUCUUAUGGUACAUGCGCUCGUGUUAAAGUCAACCAAAUAUUAGUUUCAGGAAGAUGCAAGAAGGCAUGCUUAGAGCCAAUGAUCAAGGCAUUCAGACUUGCAUGCUACAAAUUCCCAGGCAGACAAAAAUUACUUGUCUCAAACAAGUGGGGUUUCACUCCAUACAGACAAGAAGAGUUCCAAAAGCUCAGAGAAGAAGGUAAAAUCAUCCCAGACGGUUCAUACUACAGACUGGUCACCCCAAAGGGCCCAUUGCCAAAGGUUAACUAA